AUGGUUGUAAAUCUUCAUGCGGGGUUCGUUUCAAGCCCUCAGCUCAGUGGCUUACCUCCUAGAGAGGCAAGUCAAUGUAAGCAGAGGUGGGGAAGAGUGAAUGAGCAGGUGUGCAAGUUUGUGGGUUGCUAUGAGGCGGCUGUCAAGGAGCAAGCUAGUGGCCAAAAUGAGAAUGAUAUCAUGAAGGCUGCCCAUGACAUCUUCUUAAAUGACUACCAGGUGAAGUUCAGCCUUGAACAUGCCUGGAGGGAACUACGGUUUGAUCAAAAAUGGAGAUCAAAUUGUUUGUCCAGAGAUGGUGCAAAGGACAAAAGGAAGGAACCUGCGGAGGUGGUGCCUCACUUGGAAAAGGUUAGGCCUCCUGGUGUUAAGGCUUGCAAAGCAGCCAAACGCAAGAAGCAUGGGAAUGAAGCAGCUUAUGAUCAAUUAGAGAGCAUGCUAGUUGUGAAAGAGAACAUAUCCAAACACAGACUCCUUGAUCGUCUCCUUGCCUGA